AUGACAUCUGAACCCGAUGCACCUCUCUUUGCUGACAGACCAGAGUGGGAAGACGUUGUUCCCUUGCCGCAAUACGAGAAUGUAGACCCAUUGGCUCCAAUCUUUUAUACAGACGAAUAUAAGGACGCUACGAACUACUUUCGAGGAAUCGUCAAAACGGGAGAGAUGAGCCCGAGAGUGCUUGAACUAACGGAAAACAUCAUUCGACAGAAUCCCGCGCAUUAUUCUGCUUGGCAAUACCGAUAUAAGACACUCAUGGCACUAAAGGCUCCCCUCGAUGUAGAGUUGCGUCUGAUGGACGAGUUGGCUGUCAGAUAUCUCAAGACAUAUCAAGUUUGGCAUCAUCGCAGACUCCUCGUCACGGAAACCCGCGAACCAGGCCCAGAACUCGAAUUCAUCACGAAAUCCCUCCAAGAGGACAUGAAGAACUACCACACCUGGUCUUACAGACAAUGGCUUCUCGCGUACUUCAAUGACGAUGCCCUCUGGAGUGACGAACUGAACUUUGCGGAUCAGAUGUUGGAAAGUGAUAUAAGGAACAACUCGGCCUGGCAUCACAGAUUCUUUGUUGUAUUCCAAUCGGGAGUCAGAACUGGCGAUGAAAAUAGGGAGGAGGUGGUACGCAGAGAAUUGGCUUUUGUGAAGAAUUAUAUAUCCUUAGCUCCCAAUAACGCCUCCGCGUGGAAUUAUCUACGAGGCAUAUUGGAUCACAGCGCUACGCCCUACUCGCAACUACUACUAUUUGUGACACCAUAUUCGGUUCCUCGCUCGCCAGACGCAGACCUCGUGGAUGUCAUUGAUCUCGAGAAUCCCCCUCCCUCGAUGGGUGCACAGCUUCCUUGUGUAGCUGCCAUCGAGUUUCUGGCAGACAUCCAUGAAAACGAAGGUGGAGAUGAUAUUAUGAAGGCAACCGAGCUCUGGAGAUCCCUUGCCGAUGAACAUGACACCAUACGGAAAAAAUACUGGGAAUAUCGAAUCAGAGACGCCUUGCAGAAAGUCCAGGUUUGA